AUGAGGAAGCUGGAAACACGGAUGGGUGGGGAGCCUGGCCAGGGCCCAGGCAGCAGCUCCCCAGCUGAGCAGGUGAAAGCCCUCGUGGACCUGCUGGCCGGGAAGGGCAGCCAAGGCCCUCAGGCCCUGCAGGCCCCCAGCAGGAUGCCGGACUCCCUGCUGGGGACCCAUGAGCUGCGGCUACAGAGGCACCGCGAGGCCCUGCUGAGCCGGGCAGGAGGUGGCCCAGAGCCAGGUGGCCCCCCGCCCCGACUGACCAGCCUCCUGCUGGUGGAGGGCCUGACAGACCUGCAGCUGAGGGAGCACGACUUCACGCAGGUGGAGACCACCCGCGGGGGCCAGCGACCCGCCAGGACCAUCCCCCUGGACAGGCUGUUCCUGCCCCUGUCCCGGGUGUCCAUCCCGCCCCGCGUCUCCAUCACUGUCGGGGUGGCGGGCAUGGGCAAGACCACCCUGGUGAGGCACUUUGUUCGCCUCUGGGCCGGGGGGCAGGUGGGCAAGGACUUCUCGCUGGUGCUGCCCCUGACCUUCCGGGACCUCAACACCUACGAGAAGCUGUGCGUGGACAGGCUUAUCUGCUCUGCCUUUCCGCACAUCGGGGAGUCCGGGCUGGCUGUGGCGGCCCCAGCCAGGGUCCUUCUCAUCCUGGAUGGCUUGGAUGAGUGCAAGACGCCCCUGGACUUCUCCAACACCGUGGCUUGCACGGACCCUAAGAAGGAGAUCCAGGUGGACCACCUGAUCACCAACAUCAUCCGAGGCAAUCUCUUUCCAGAAGUCUCUGUCUGGAUCACGUCCCGGCCCGGUGCCGCCGGCCAAAUCCCGGGCGGCCUGGUGGACCGGAUGACGGAGAUCCGGGGCUUCACGCAGCCGGAGAUGGAGGAGUGUCUGCAGCAGAUGUUCCCUGAGGACCAGAGCCUGCCGGGCUGGGUCCUGAGCCAGGUGCGGGCCAACCAGGCGCUGUACCUCAUGUGCGCCGUGCCGGCCUUCUGCCAGCUCGUGGGUGCGGCGCUGGGCCACUCACGCCGCAGCAGGCUGGCGUGCCAGGACGCAGCGCCGUGGCCUCCCAGGACCCUGGCUGAGCUUUAUGCUUGGUACUUUAGGAUGGCCCUGAGCAGGGAGGGGCAGGACAAGGGCAAGGCCAGCCCUCGGAUCGAGCAGCUGGCCCAGGGCAGCCGCAGGCUGGUGGGGACCCUGGGCCGGCUGGCCUUCCACGGGCUGGUGAAGAAGAAGUACGUGUUCUACGAGCAGGACAUGAAGGCGCUCGGUGUGGACCUGGCUCUGUUGCAGGGGGCCCUGUGCAGCUGCUUCCUGCAGCGCGAGGAGACGCUGGCCUCCUCGGCUGCCUACUGCUUCGGCCACCUGUCCCUGCAGGAGUUCGUGGCGGCCGCCUACUACUACGGUGCGUCCAAGAGGGCCAUCUUCGACCUCUUCACCGAGAGUGGCGUGUCCUGGCCCCGGCUGGGCUUCCUCACACACUUCCGGAGCGCGGCCCAGCGGGCCAUGCAGGCCGAGGACGGCCGGCUAGACGUGUUCCUGCGCUUCCUCUCGGGCCUCUUGUCGCCCAGGGUCAACGCGCUGCUGGCCGGCUCCCUGCUGGCCCCAGGGGAGCACGAGAGCUACCGGGCACAGGCAGCCGAGCUCCUGCAGGGCUGCCUGCGCCCCGGAGCUGCCGUCGGUGCCCAGGCGGUGAACGUCCUGCGCUGUCUACACGAGCUGCAGUGCACGGAGCUGGCCCACAGCGUGCAGGAGGCCAUGGAGCGCGGGGCCCUGGCUGGGUUGAGCAGCCCCUCACACCGCGCUGCCCUGGCCUACCUGCUGCAGGUGUCUGACGCCUGUGCCCAGGAAGCCAACCUGUCCCUGUGCCUCAGCCAGGGUGUCCUCCAGAGCCUGCUGCCCCAGCUGCUCUACUGCGAGAGCCUCAGGCUGGACAACAACCAGUUCCAGGACCCCGUGAUGGAGCUGCUGGGCAGCAUGCUGAGUGGGAAGGACUGUCGCAUCCAGAAGAUGAGCCUGGCUGAGAACCUGAUCAGCAACAAAGGGGCCAAAGCUCUGGCCAGAUCCCUCCUGGUCAACAGAAGCCUGACCGCUCUGGACCUGCGCAGUAACUCCAUUGGGUCACAAGGGGCUAAGGCCCUGGCAGACGCUCUGAAGAUUAACCGCACCCUGACCUCUCUGAGCCUCCAGGGCAACACGAUCAGGGAUGAUGGCGCCAGGUCCGUGGCUGAGGCCCUGGCCUCCAACAGGACGCUCUCUGUACUGCACCUGCAGAAGAACAGCAUCGGGCCUGCGGGAGCCCAGCGGAUGGCCGACGCCCUGAAGCACAACAGGAGCCUGAAGGAGCUCGUGUUCUCCAGUAACAGCAUAGGCGAUGCAGGUGCCAAAGCCCUGGCAGAGGCGCUGAAGGUGAACCAGGGCCUGGAGAGCCUGGACCUGCAGAGCAACUCCAUCAGCGACGUGGGAGUGGCAGCACUGACAGAGGCCCUGGGUGCCAACCAGACCCUCCUCCGCCUCAGCCUGCGUGAGAACUCCAUCAGCCCAGAGGGUGCCCAGGCUCUGGCUCACGCGCUCUGCACCAACAGCACCUUGGAGAACCUGGACCUGACAGCCAACCUGCUCCAGGACCAGGGCGCCCAGGCCAUCGCAGUCGCAGUGGGAGGAAACCGUGCCCUCAGGUCUCUGCACCUGCAGUGGAACUUCAUCCAGGCCGGUGCUGCCAGGGCCCUCGGGCGAGCUCUACAGCUCAACAGGAGCCUGACCAGCUUAGAUCUACAGGAAAAUGCCAUUGGGGACGAAGGUGCCUCAGCGGUGGCUGGCUCUCUGAAGGUGAACACGGCACUCACGGCCCUCUAUCUCCAGGUGGCCUCCAUUGGUACCCGGGGGGCCCAGGCACUUGGGGAGGCCCUGGCUGUGAACAGAACCUUGGAGAUCCUUGACCUAAGAGGGAAUGCCAUCGGGGUGGCCGGAGCCAAAGCCCUGGCAAAGGCCUUGAAGGUAAACUCAAGCCUCCGGAGACUCAACCUGCAGGAGAACUCCCUGGGCAUGGACGGGGCGAUCUGUGUGGCCACGGCACUGUCCGGAAACCACGGGCUGCAGCACAUCAAUCUCCAGGGAAACCAGAUCGGGGAAUCUGGUGCCAGGAUGAUCUCAGAGGCUAUAAAGACAAACGCUCCCACGUGCACGGUGGACAUGUGACCAGAACAAGUUCCCAGUGGACUGGGCAGGACAAGCAGAGACCAAGACCACACCCCAGGUGCCUUCCUGUCACUUGGGAAUGACCUGUCCCAGCCCAAGGCCUGGUCUCCCGUGCAAGGGAAGGAGAGGUGCUACCACAGGGGUUCGCGAGCCCCUCUCCCGGCCCAGGGUCAGUCCAGGCAGGGCGGGUGUGUCUGCCUCAGAGGGCCGGGGCUGCCAGCAAGGCACACAGGGGGCCCAGAAGUGCUGUACUGUAAGAAGCUGGUUCUAGUGGUUCUAGCGGAUUUAUACCUCGACAUUUCAUUUGCCCCCGACUUAAGGUCAUCACUGCCCUUUCCCAUUCAUCCGGUCCAAAUCAGCCUCACGCUGAAAUGCGCAGCAGUCCUCAGGUGUGUUGAGCCUGCCAGUUUGCAGGGGUGACACAGGGGCCCCUCUUUCUUUGCUCAAGAGGAAAGGGGGUUUUAGAGGUGUGAUCCUUAGAGUACGAGAAAGCCAUGAAGACAAGUGCAAGGCCCUAUUCCGGGAGUCUGGAGACACAGGCGGGCGCCUGCAAGGGUUCUGCCACUCUGCAUCCAUUACAAAACCUCCCCGGCACAAGGGCAAGGCCCCACGUGCCAUCUGGAGUCUGCAACACUGGUGACCCACUGUCGGUGCCACUGAGUUACUAAGACAUUUUGCAUCAGGCUUCCCAACCACCACGCCCCAGCUUCCCAACCACCGCGACCCAGCUUCCCAACCACCGCGACCCAGCUUCCCAACCACCGCGACCCAGCUUCCCAACCACCGCGACCCAGCUUCCCAACCACCACGCCCCAGCUUCCCGAACCACGUCCCAGCUUCCCGAACCACGGCCCAGCUUCCCGAACCACCACGCCCCAGCUUCCCAACCACCGCGACCCAGCUUCCCGAACCACCACGGCCCAGCUUCCCGAACCACGCCCCAGCUUCCCGAACCACGCCCCAGCUUCCCGAACCACGCCCCAGCUUCCCGAAGCACCACGACUCAGCUUCCCGAACCACGUCCCAGCUUCCCACGCUGACAAGCGAGCUGGGCUUCUGCCUAGAGUAAACACCCAUGGCUGGCUCAGAUUGACAUUGGAGAAAAAAAGUCCAAGUGGGGACAUCACAGAUCUCACCAACUGAACAACCAAGGACAAUGCUUAGGAAUGCCACACUGCCACUGUCACUUUCAAAUUCAAAAAGAAAGCACUGCUGUCCCAAAUAUCUCUUUAAAAGUGGUAUUUACACAAGAAUCCAUGGACACCAAGACCAUGAAAACCUGCUGGGGAAAAAGACUGCAAAGGCUCAGAACAUCACUCCACAAAGGCGAAGCCCCUCAGCAAAGGUGACAACACACCUUAGCCAGCUGGAACCCGGCACGCGGCACCUUACAGCAACCAAGCUUCACACGGCCCGGCCAACCACAGGACAGACAGCACGCGCCCCCGACGGAGUGCUCCAGGACACGUCACUGAUGCCCUGUUCUUGCCAAAAAUGUUUACUGAACCUCAUCAAGAAAGAACAAGUACACAAACUCCAAAACGAGCGGCAUUCCGCAGAGCGGACCCGACCUCUCCAAAAAUGUCAGUGCCAAUAGGCUGGGCCGGGCUUCGACUGGGUCCCAGACAGGAGGGAAAAAUCUGCUAUAAAGAACGUGAUGUGGCCGGCACCGUGGCUCACUAGGCUAAUCCUCCGCCUUGCGGCACCGGCACACCGGGUUCUAGUCCCGGUCGGGGCGCCGGAUUCUGUCCCAGUUGCCCCUCUUCCAGGCCAGCUCUCUGCUGUGGCCAGGGAGUGCAGUGGAGGGUGGUCCAAGUCCUUGGGCCCUGCACCCCAUGGGAGACCAGGAGAAGCACCUGGCUCCUGCUAUCGGAUCAGCGUGGUGCGCCGGCCGCGGCGGCCAUUGGAGGGUGAACCAACGGCAAAGGAAGACCUUUCUGUCUCUCUCACUGUCCACUCUGUCAAAAAAUAAAAAUAAAAAAAAUUUAAAAAAAAAGAACGUGAUGUGGAAACCGCAGACACUUGAAUGAGGGCCUUCUAGGCUUCCAGGUGCAUCUGAAAGACGCGUCUGCUGGCCGUAGGAUUCCCGACAGCCUUUUGCUCAGUACUGGGGCGCUGCGGCUUGGCUGCCUUCUGUCUGCCGUGAUGGCCGGGCCCUGGAGAAGGCUCAGAGGGGUGACAAUGCCUGAGGGCCUCUGAGAGCGGCUGCCGCUGCCACUUCCCACCUCACUGGAUGGCCAAGGACAGGGACGCACAGGGCCCGGCUCCACCGGCGCAGGCAGGACCAAAGGCGGAUCUGGAGUGGAAGCAGCGAUCAGUAACUGGUACGCGCUGAUUGGGGGUUUGUUUUCACAUGGAGUUCCACUGUCACAGGGUCACUGAUACCUUCUUCCACAGCAUCUAAACUGCUGUUCAUCCCAUCUAACCCGCGUCCUGUUUCAGCGUUCUCCUAAGUCUCUCCGAGUUUUGUCCGAGACCUUUUCGCUCUCCUUCCCAUGCUCGUUCCUCCACUAACAGCUGUGGCUGUCAGAGGCUUUGUUUGGGGCCGGCGCUGUGGCGUAGUGGCGUAGUGAGUAAAGCCGCCACCUGCAGAUCCAUUUUCCCAUAUGGGUGCAGGUUCAAGUCCCAGCUGCUCCACUUCUGAUCCAACUCUGUUAUGGCCUCAGAAAGCAGCAGAAAAUGGCCCAAGUGCUUGGGCCCCUGCACCCAUGUGGGAGACCCAGAAGAGGCUCCUGGCACCUGCCUUUGCAUGCGCCCAGCUUCAGCUGUUGUGGCCAUUUGGGGAAUGAACCAACAGAUGGAAGACCUCACUGUCUU